AUGCCAAACACAACAUCUCCAGCCGUCGUCAAGGCGAGCCCGCUCGUCAACGAGGGCGGUCUCGUCCACAGAAGCAGAGCACGAGGUCUGCUCAACGCUGACAACCUCCCAGCUCUCCAAAACUUGCUCAAGCGUCAACCAGAGGCCUACGUCGAGGAGUUUUCUGCACAGUGGAACCACUACCAGUCUUUAAGAAGCAUCUUUGCUUCCGACAUGGACGCUGGCAACCUCGGCGGUGGUGUUGCGUCGGCGGGGAUUCGAAUCAACAAGGACCAGGCGAGCAAGUUUGUCUCGCUCAUCUCGUUUGUCACUCAGCUCGCACCCUCGUAUCCCGAGAUCACUUGUGACCUGCCAAACCACCUUUCCGAUCUGCUGCUCAAUCAUCACUCGGCACUCAGUCCCGAUAUUCGUGCCAGCUGUCUCCGCAGCCUCAUCUUGCUGCGUAACCGCGAUGUCAUCACUUCCGAGGAGCUCUUGCAGACUUUGUUCCCCUUGCUCAGCGUCACGACGUCCGCCGCAGUCAGGACAUCUGUGCAAGCUACCAUCCUGCAGGAUAUCAAAAACGCCAACGCAAAAUCCAAGAACCACCGUCUCAACCGUGUUGUGCAAGGGCUACUCUUUGGAAUUGUGCAAAAAGGUAUCGAUGCCUCUUCCGGUGCAUCUGCUUUGCCGCCGCCCAGGAAGGGCCAGCCGGCGGGCAAGACGGAAGCGCUUUGGGCUGUACGUUUGGCAGCCAACCUGUGGAAAAAGCAGAUCUGGACCGACAGCAAGACCGUCUCGCUGCUCGCCCUCGCCUGUUUCCACCCGCACCCGCGCGUCCAGUCUUCCGCCGUGCGCUUCUUCCUCGGCGACCUCCACUCUGCCGAAGACGACGCCGAAGAGUCUGGCUCGGACGACGAAGGACCGGACAUCGACGCACUCCUGCACGCACGUAAAGUCAACAAAAAGACGCGCAGUGGAGACAAGAAGAUGCGCGCUGCCGCUGCUGUCGCCAAGAAGAAGCGCAAGGCCAAAGCCGAAAACGCUCUCGAAGGCAUUAGCAAGGAUGCUGGCAACUUUGCCGCUUUGUACCUCCUCAACGACCCACAAAACUUUGGCGAAAAGCUGUUUGACAACCUCAGCCGCGGAGACCGCGAGAAACGACACACGAUCGAGAUCAAGAUCCGCCUCAUGCAGCUCCUCAGUCGCGUCAUGGGCGCACACAAGCUGUGCGUGCUCAGCUUCUACUCGUACGUCGUCAAGUACCUCGCUCCGCACCAGCAGCACAUCACACAUAUCCUCGUCUCGCUCGCACAGAGCGUGCACGACCAAACCCCACCCGACGUCAUCACGCCCGUGGUGCGCAAGCUGUCCGAUGCAUUCGUCCACCCGGGUGUCAGCUCCGAAGUCGUCGCUGCCGGUAUCAACAGUAUCCGCGAGAUCUGCAAGCGUCAGCCGUGGGCGAUGGAGGAGACGCUGCUCGAAGAUCUGAUCAGCUACCGCAAGAGCAAGGACAAGGGAGUGUGUGCGGCUGCGCGUGGUCUGCUUGCACUGUACCGUGAGGUGAAUCCUGCGAUGCUCAAGAAGAAGGAGCGCGGCAAGAUGGGUUCGCUGGCCGUCCAGGAGGGCCGAGCUGCGGCACCGUUUGGUGUGGAUCAGGAGGAGGUGCACGGUAUCCAGGGCAUCGACUUGCUCGAAAAGCACUUGGAGGAGGAAGAGAAGCGCAAAGCUGCCGGCGAAGGCGACGACGAAGACGACGAGGAUGCCGAGGACAAAGGCUGGGAAGGAUGGGAGGAGGAGUCAGACGGUGACAACUCAGACGACGAGUCCGAAGACGGAUGGAUCAACGUCUCGAGCGAUGACGAGGACGGCGUCCUCCGCCUCUCAGACUCGGACUCAGACGACGACGACGAGACACGCAAACGCAGGCGAACCAACAAAGAGCGUCUCAUUGCCGCACGUGAGAAACGACAGAAGAAGCGGGCCAAGCUGCAACGCAAGGCCGAACGUCAAACGAGGCGGGAUGCCGGUGAAGCCGACGUUGCCACCUCCGGGUCUGAGUCGGACAACGACGAGCAGGACGUGGACGAGGACAAGUCGGACGUUGAAGCUGCCGCUGGCCCCGGGUCAUCCGAGAUCAAGAAGCAGCUGGCCGCAGAGGAGCAGCACAUCUCGACACUCGCCACUACCAAGAUCCUCACCCCGGCCGACUUUGCCAAGCUGACCGAGCUCCGCAUCGCGGCGGCGGAAGAGGCCAUCGCCCAAGGCGGUCUGGCGGGCAACCGCGCCAAGCGGCAGCUGGAGGAGCUCAAGUCACUCAAGCGCACCACGUCUGCUGCGGCGUCCACGUUCCUCGACGAGGGCGACAUCCUCGGCCCGCGCAAGAAGGCCAAGGCGACAUACGAGGACCGCAUGGCGUCCAUCGAGAAGGGCCGUGAAGAUCGCGAAAAGUACGGCUCCAAGAAGGGCAAGAAAAACAAGGAGAAGGAGAGCUCCUCGACCAACCGGGAGAAGCAGAAGACCAAGAACUUCCAGAUGAUCGCCAGAUCCUGGUCCGUCCGAAGCAAGAAGAACGCCAGUCUGAGAGAGAAGAGCAGGAGACUCCGCAAACACGUCGAGACGAGCAAGAAGCGUCUCAAGUGA